GGUCCUUACAGGAGGCUAGGCGCCAGUCUCUCGGGCAGUUGCAGCAGACGUAAAUACGAGUUAUAGUUUGUCAAAUAAUCAGUGAAAUCAAGUUGUUAAGGACAUUUGGAUCCUCGGUCCACCGGAAAUGAACCUAGAACUGCUCGAAUCGUUCGGGCAGAACUAUCCAGAGGAGGCAGAUGGCACCCUGGACUGUAUCAGCAUGGCCCUCACCUGCACCUUCAACCGGUGGGGCACCCUGCUGGCUGUGGGCUGUAACGACGGCCGCAUCGUCAUCUGGGACUUCCUCACACGGGGCAUCGCCAAAAUCAUCAGCGCACACAUCCACCCAGUCUGCUCUUUAUGCUGGAGUCGAGAUGGUCACAAGCUGGUGAGUGCCUCCACGGACAACAUUGUCUCGCAGUGGGAUGUCCUGUCGGGAGACUGUGACCAGAGGUUCCGCUUCCCCUCACCCAUCCUGAAACUGCAGUGCCACCCCAGAGACAUGGACAAGGUUCUGGUGUGUCCCAUGAAGUCAGCCCCGGUCCUGCUGACUCUGUCAGACUCCAAACAUGUUGUCCUGCCUGUAGAUGACGACUCAGACCUGAAUGUGGUGGCGGCCUUUGACAGGCGGGGGGAGUACAUCUACACUGGCAAUGCCAAAGGAAAGAUACUGGUGUUGAACACAAACACUCAGGAGCUGGUAGCUUCCUUCAGAGUGACAACUGGCACUAGCAACACCACUGCCAUCAAAUCAAUUGAAUUUGCACGCAAGGGCAGUUGUUUCCUCAUAAACACAGCAGACCGGAUCAUCAGGGUGUAUGAUGGCAGGGAGAUACUAACCUGUGGCCGAGACGGUGAGCCUGAACCCAUGCAGAAACUACAGGACCUGGUCAACAGGACUCCGUGGAAGCGCUGCUGUUUCUCUGGUGAUGGUGAGUACAUUGUGGCUGGAUCAGCCAGGCAGCACGCUCUCUACAUCUGGGAGAAGAGCAUUGGCAACCUGGUGAAGAUCCUGCAUGGAACUAGAGGAGAGUUGCUGCUGGAUGUCGCUUGGCAUCCUGUGCGUCCGAUUAUUGCCUCCAUCUCCAGUGGAGUGGUGUCCAUCUGGGCUCAGAACCAAGUGGAAAACUGGAGCGCUUUUGCUCCAGACUUUAAGGAGCUGGACGAAAAUGUGGAGUAUGAGGAGCGAGAGUCAGAAUUCGACAUUGAGGACGAAGACAAGAGUGAACCCGAGCAGACAGGUGCAGAUGCUGCAGAGGAUGAAGAGGUGGAUGUCACCACUGUUGACCCCAUAGUUGCUUUUUGCAGCAGUGAUGAGGAGCUGGAGGACUAUAAAGCCCUACUCUACCUGCCCAUUGCCCCUGAAGUCGAAGACCCAGAGGAAAACCCUUUCGGCCCCCCGCCGGAUGCCUCGGUCCAGGCUUCUGCUCCAGAGGACGCGUUGGCUGGUGGAGACAAGAAGCAGCGACAACCUUCGUCUGAAGGAGGCCCGGCCAAGAAGAAGGCUCGUACCACCACCAUUGAACUGCAGGGGGUGCCCAGUGAUGAGGUGCACCCCCUACUGGGUGUGAAGGGGGAUGGCAAGUCCAAGAAGAAGACAGCAGGCCGGCCCAAAGGCUCCAAAGGUAAAGACAAAGACUUCCCCUUCAGGCCCAAGCCCUACAGGGGCGAGCGGCCCUCCUUCCCCAUGGAGACCCUGGGCAGCUCUGGCCCAGGAGGAGGAGGAGGAGGAGGAGGAGGAGGAGGAGGAGGAGGAGGAGGAGGGAUGAAGGGCAGAGCAGAGGGGGGCCUGGCCACAGGUAAGCACGCCACCGCCCUUGCUGCUGCUGAAUCUGGGAGCUCUGCUAGUCCUGCAGCCCUGCUAGUCUGACUGACACCUCACCAGUCCACACUGUCUCCAAGGCCAUACCCCCCCCCCCCCCCCCCCCCCCCCCCACCCCACCCCCCCACCCCCUGUACUGCUUCCACCCUACACCACCCCACCCCCAACCAACCACACAGCUCACUGACAGAGACCUACGCUUGCAGUAAAGCCACAGUCUGGAGGUCAGAACAUAGACACUCGACCAGUUUUCAUUGAAUUAGUCAGACUAGAUCCACUCGCCUAGAUCUGGUCCAUUCUGAAAUAAUGGAUAUUGCACAAUUUGACCAGUCACAUAGUUAACCAAGAAGUAAUGAGUAGGCCUGUUAUUAGUAAAGACUGUAACUGGAGUUCAUCUGUCAUAAACAAUGACAAACAUCUUUUAAUGUAAUAUACCAGGAGCAAUGUUUCCCUCACUUGAUGAGAAAAUGGUGACAUACACAACAUGCCUCUUAGGCCCUUUUUAAUAUACAUUUUACUGUGGUUGUAAGGGAGGGCGAUAUGAUUUUAAAAAAGAAACCAUUUUCUGCUUGUGCUGUGAGUUUUUCCUCACACAUCGCCACCUAAUUGUGACUUACAGAGUCAUUUAUAUCCACUUUUCCCAAAAACAACCGUCUACAUUAAUGUUUUAAUGCAGCUAUUUCAGAUUUUAUUCCAGUGAGAUUGUUCUUAUGAAAUACUGGUUUUGAUUCUUGUCAUCAUGUUAAUGGUAAAGUAAUGAUACAAUACAAGUAUUAUCUAGCUUACAAUUUGGAAUUUCCUGCCGUAUCUGCUUCUGACACAUGAUUACGGUUGAAUACUGGGAAUUAUUGCUAAAAAAUACCUUUUUAUGUACCUCCUAUUUAUAGCAUGUGUGGGUGUGUGUGUUUGUGUACUAAAGUCUACCAUGUGUAGUUAAACAGGCUCUCCGUCGUAGCUAAAUUCUGACCUUGAAAUUAUGUAAUCACAAUGAUGUAACUGAAACAGCCUUUGCAGGUGUUACAUCUUCAGGCUACAAAGGCAGCUCACAGUUCAACUUUUUAAGCUUUUAUAUUUUUCUUAUUGUCAACAAAUUCCAUGAAAAGACCCAAAUCAACAAUUAAUUCAAUAACGAACAAGGGCUGUCUGUGUAUCCAAAGCCUGAUUUAUCUCAUUCCUCUGUGCCAUAGAGCUCCAUUGUGGAGCCACACUGGUGCACUUGGUGUCAUGUUCCUUCAUGACCACACACACACACCGGGUUUUAUUUUGACUCGAUCCCAGAUUCAACAUCCUGCUGCCCCAAAUACUUACUGGAGAACCAAGUGUGGAUUAAGCUGCUGCUGAAAAUAGUCCCCAACAAAUGCGGUAUUUGUUGUUUGUUAAAAACAACAGUGUACAGCUGUUUUUAAAAAAUGAAAUGACAUAUUUGUAAGCUUUAAUAUUUAUAUUUAUGUCUUCAGUAGGAACUAGAGGCUAACAUUUAAUCAGGAAUCAUGUAGGUCAUGGGAACAGGGACAGGACAGGAUUUUUUUUUCUUUACUGUGUCAUGUAGGAUUGGGACGGGCCAGGAGUGUUUCUGUGUGAGUGGGAUGAGACAGGAGUGACCUCCCGUGUCACCCUCUAGUAAGAACUAAUGGGCUUAGAGCUAAGUGGGUAAUGAAAGUAAUUGAAGGAUUGAGAGAUGGACUAACUUCUUGUUUCAGUCUUGAUUGUUUGACUAUAACAAGCUAUUUAAAAACACCAUAUAUAAUAACAGGUCCUUAAAGAUGAACUGUUAUUCUACUACAAUUUGACCACGUUUGUCCUUGUCUUUCAGACAGAGGCGACUCCUCUUGCUCCUUCAAAGUUUUAUCCCUCCCAAACUGUGGCUUUAUGACUGUAUAACCUCUGCUAACCUCAGCCUCACUCUGACUAAUUUGCUGUCAUUUGAAUUUUGGUGAAGUUGGACUGUAGUUGGCAGAUGGGUGUUGACGUGGCUAACGGUGGGAUGGUUCAGCUUGUUUCCCCACGGGCUAGCCGGCUAGUCUACAUCUACUUCCUGCUUGGCCUUUGACCCUCCUGCUCCCACUCCCACCUCGCUCCUUGGGCUUGUCAUGUCAAGUGUGUCUAUAGCAACGCUGCUCAGGUCCUGUCUUUUCUGUUUCUGGGUGUGCCGACUGUGUAUGUUUAUGUAGUCGGUCUGAACUCAUUUGCUUUGAAUUUCCAUCAAAAAGUCUGUUACCCGACAGCUUCAUUAACCAUGCACCAUGUGCAGGAUAAAUUUAGGAUCAACCCCAAGAUAUGUUGUUUUGUUAAGUUUAAAAAAAAACUAAUCGACCAUUUUGUACAACACUACAUUAUUUAAAAAUAAGACAAACUCAUAUUAGCAGUACGCUGGUCAUUCUCAGCAUAAAAUGAACAAACACAUGUAAAUCAUUUGUGCGAUCAUAUCGAUGAUUGGACGUUUAAGCCUUAGUGUUCUUGGUGUGGCUGGGCAAUAUGGCCAAAAAUGUUAUCAUGUUAAAAAAAUUUCAUACCAUUCAGUAUCAAUAAUUAUCACGAUAAAUGUCUAAUAAUUUAUUUCUCUAAAGUUUAAAGGCUGAUUUUUGCUCCUGAGUGAAAAUUGAAUAAACCAGAUGGUUAAUUGUGUGGUUAAACUUUUCUUUAUAGUCAGAACGUAACAAACAUUUGAUGCCAAACAGUGGAUCACUUCACAAGUCUGAGGUAUAUACAAUUAUGAUGAAAUCAUUUUUCAUUCGUUAAUUAAAUGAAACAUUUAUUGACGAUAUAUUGAACAUUUGUUAUAUUGUUAUUGAGGAAAAUUAUAUUGUGAUAAUUAUUAUUAUUUUAUUGCCCAGCCCUACUUCUUAGUUUCAUAUUCAAUAGUAGCUCAACAGUGAUUCAAUGUGAAAUGGCAUAGUAGAAGUUAUCAGAAAUAAUUAGUGAAUGAACUGUGUUAUUUGUUAAAACAGAAAGUGUUUUUUGCAGAGGUGAGUAGAGCUGCAACGAUUAAUCAGUUAUUUGUGACUAUUAAAUUGGCAACGGUUUUGAUAAUCUGUUUGAGUAAUUGUUUAAGAAAAAAGGUCUAAAUUCUCUGAUUUCGGCUUUUUAAAUGUGAAUAUUUUUCGGAUUUCUUAACUCUGUGACAGUAAAAUGAAAUUUGAUGACAUCAUCUUGAGCUUUGGGAAACACAAUGCUUGACAUUUUUCACUAUUUUGUGGCAUUUUUUAGACAAAACAACUAAUCGUUUAAUCGAUAAAAUAACCGAUAGAAUCGUCAGUGAAAGUAAUUGUUAGUUGCAGCCCUUAGUGGUGUGUGUGAAAUGCCUCUGUUGCAUUGAUGAAUUAGUGCUGUGGAAAUGCCCAUUAAUGUCUCACCUGAUAAAUUCAUUGUAGACUACAGGUAAUUCCACCCUUCCUGCGGGCCUUUAUUAGCUACCGGUAUUUAAUUGUUUGUGUUGGCUAUUAUUUGAGAUUUGACCGGUAUUUGAACUCUGUUUUUAGUUUUAGUCUAAGGAGAACAAUGUCUUAUUGUCUAUGACACGGCUGUCUGACAGAAUUUGUGUUCCUCAGCAGGGAGUCUGGUCUCACAGUCGUACAAACAACAUGACGUUGGAGGGAUGGACUGAUCACGGCUGCGUACAGUUGUGAAGGAGCACCAACAGGCUUAAACAAAAGGACACACAAAGCCUGAUGUCAUAUUCAGACUGUGGUUGAGCGGCCUGUCUGAUGUGCAGACUGCUUCCUCUCCCAACCAGAGCACAGUAUCACAGGAAAACUCCUCAGUCCGGAUCACGGGAGCCGACAAAGAGCGCGUGAAGCAGCCGAGUCGUCGCAGUAGAGAUCACGUCCUCUGUCUCUGUAGGAUACGUCAUGUAUAGAACGCCUGUGUGUUUGUCUUUGUGUGUGUUGUCUGUCUUGUUGUUUUUAUACAUAUUAAAACAUUUUGAUUUAUAAAUAAA